UUAACAGUUUUGUAUGGUUUUGUAUCGGAUAAGUGUACUGGUUGAAGACACUUCGAUUAACAAAAAAGAAAAAAAGAUUAAAAACUAACAAAUUAUGAGAGAGAUUUAUGGUACACAUAUCUGUAUUAAUAAUGUAAUGAAAAUUUUGUACGUCAAAGAUAAAGAAGAGUACGAUAAAAUCUUAACAAUAUGAGAGAAUUAUUUUUACAACAUUGUAUAUGACUGAAAUAUUUACACAGGAGAUAAAAUCAAGCUUCAAAUGUCGCGUGUAUUCCAUGUAGACAUUACAGUUUAAUGUCACAGGGAAGAUUGGAAUAUUUUGUAGUGUAUGUGAGAUUUACAGCAUAUAUAUACAUUUUACAAUAUUUGUUAAAACAUACAAGAUGGCAUUCUCGGCACGUAUCUCGCAUAAAAGCAACAGAAUCUCGUACCAUUACCACAAUAUCUUUAUGAUAUGUUUGUUAGUAUUUACACUGUUCAUUGUGUUGAUCUCAGUGUACCAUAUUUUCAAAUUUGGCAAUACGCAGAAACAUUCUGAACAUAUUCCUAUAACGCUGAAUGACAUAAAUGCUUUACCCAUUCAAAUGUUAUCUGCCAACUUGGCUGUGAGCGAUGCCACCAAUUCUUCCUGCACAUAUUUCACUUGUUUCAAUGUAUAUCGAUGCGGCAGUCGAGGAAAUAAACUUCUGGUAUAUGUCUAUCCACCCAAGAUAUACUUAGAUUCUGUGGGUAGACCAGUAACGAACCAGAUGACAAGAGAAUUUUAUCAAAUUCUAAAUGCUAUUAUUAACAGUAAAUUUUAUACAUCAAAUCCAUAUGAAGCUUGUAUUUUUGUUCCCUCCAUUGACACUCUCAAUCAGAAUAGAUUAAGAUUGCAAGAGGUCUCUCGAGCAUUAAGAUCAUUGCCCUUCUGGAACAGAGGAGAGAAUCAUCUAAUUUUCAACAUGGUGCCUGGAAGUGUACCAGACUAUAACACUGUCAUCAAUGUACCAGUUGGAAGAGCAAUGAUUGCAGGCGCUGGAAUGUCAUCUUUGACGUACAGGCCUGGCUUUGAUAUUAGUUUACCAGUCUAUAGUCCACUAAUAAAUAAUCUCAAGACAAAUUACAGUAAUGGGAGAACAUGGUUAGUGAUAUCUUCACAAAUCAAUAUUAAUACCGCUUUUGAACAAGAUUUAAUGGAAGUAAAAACGACAUAUCCAAAGGACAUUCUAGUAUUAGGUCCAUGUUUACAUUUUAAUCCCAUGAAUAAUACAAUACGUUGUGUCAGGAAGGGCAUAUACAAGUAUCCUGAUGUUCUGCAAUCGGCAACAUUUUGUCUAAUAAUCCGCGGCGCUAGGCUUGCCCAAAGCACACUUUUGGAUGCAAUGGCAACUGGAUGUAUACCUGUGAUUAUAGCCGAUUCUCUAACUAUGCCAUUUCAUGAUGUAAUCGAUUGGACUAAAGCUACUGUUUUUGUACGCGAAGUUGACAUUUUAUUAAUAAUACAACUGCUAAAAAAGAUAUCCCACCAACGCAUCAUGGAGAUGCAAGAACAGAACGCAUGGCUCUAUGAUCGUUAUUUCAGUACAAUAGAAAAGAUCACAGAAACUACAUUAGAAGUACUCACGGAUCGCGUAUUUCCGCAUUUGACACGAGAUUACACAUAUUGGAAUGUGCCACAUUAUAAGGGGAAAUCUUCACCGCUCUUUUUACCAGUAACUGCUCCUAAAACACGCGGCUUCACUGCUGUAAUAUUAACAUAUGACAGAUUGGAGUUGCUGUUCCUAUUAAUUAAUAAACUUGUAAAAGUACCAAGUUUAUCAAAAGUUCUGGUAAUUUGGAAUAAUCAGCAUAAAGAUCCACCGCCUUCUACAAGAUGGCCUAAAGUGAAUAAGCCAUUAAAAGUGAUCCAAACGAAGGAAAACAAAUUAUCGAAUCGAUUUUAUCCAUACGAUGAAAUUGAAACUGAAGCAGUAUUAUCAAUAGACGAUGACAUUAUUAUGUUAACUGCUGAUGAAGUGGAAUUCGCUUAUGAGGUAUGGCGGGAAUUUCCGGACAGAAUCGUUGGAUUUCCAUCUCGCAUACAUAUGUGGGAUAAUAGCACUAAUUGUUGGAAAUAUGAGAGCGAAUGGACAAACAGCAUCUCUAUGGUUUUAACAGGAGCAGCUUUCCACCAUAAGCCAAAACCAAAAAAAAAGUCAAUAGAUCCUUCCCUGUUCUCAUCAGGAAUGUACAGAAAAAUUAAUUUAAUAUUGGAAUUACAUGUAUACGACAGCCAUGCCUGGAGAUAUAAAAGAAUGGGUCGACGAGCACAUGAAUUGCGAGGACAUCGCGAUGAAUUUUCUAAUAGCGAAUGUUACUGGAAAAGCUCCGAUAAAGGUAACACCAAAGAAGAAAUUUCGGUGUCCCGAAUGUACCAACACCGAAAUGUUAUCCGCGGAUUUGACGCAUAUGGUGGAACGUACACAAUGUAUAAACAAAUUCUCCUCUAUUUACGGAACUAUGCCGUUAGAAUCGGUCGAGUUCCGCGCAGAUCCAGUACUCUUCAAGGACGUGUUUCCCGAAAAACUAAAGCGAUUCAACGAUAUAGGCAGUUUGUAAUUACAAGUAAGUUUAGUUUGAUAUACAGGUACAAUUUUUAUUAAAUUAAUCACAGAAAUCAAGUUAUGAAAAAUAUAUAGAUUUAUCGAUCAAAGUAUGCAGAAUGUUCUCAAUUAUAAUAGAUAAAAUUAUCUAAUUUAUAUGUAAUUACUCUUUUAAGAAAAAUGAAAGUUUUGAUAAAAGUGAAGAUUUUGAUAAUAUUAUGGCAUCUCCAUCUGAACCGAUCAUGAAAUUGAAUACUCUCUGUAUAUUGUAUAUAUGUAUAUACAAUUGUAAGAUUCAAAGAGGAAUAUUAUAUAAGUGAGCAGAGAGAAUAUGGUGGCAUGGGAUAGUGUGUAACUCAAUGGCAGAGUGUCAGCCAACUGAGAACUAGGCCCUAGAAUCUAGAAUAGAGUCCUGAUAAGGACCCCCUCUGCUCAAGAAAUAUCUUACAAAUUUCAGAAGUGGAAUACACCUCAAAAGAUCUUGGGUGCUUGAUGAUAUCUCAGGAAUAAAUCAAUGUCGAGUCUUCCAUUUAUUGAGAUAUUUACUUAUUUCUGAGACCUAUACACACAAGAUCUUUCAGAAUUUUAUAUAUAUUAUAUAUUAAAUUGUUCGCGUUUUGAUGGAUAGGGAGUAUUUGUUUAUAAUGUAAAUAAGAAUUUUUUUUAAACUGUUAUCAGGAUUCAUUGUAUUUAUAUGCAUAAGUUAAAAAUUUAGGAAAAUAUAUAUGUAUCUCGCAAAAUUGUGACUAUGUAAAACGAUUCAAUCUGGCAGUACUAUUAUGUGUGAAUUUCAUGAAAGAAAUUGGCGUGAAUCCAUAUAAAAAUUUCGUAUAUAAAGUA